GUAUUUUGGAGGUCGCCUAGAAGUUACAAGGUCGUCUAGGUGAUGCCUGUUGCUGUUCUUGCUUAAUAAGUACAAGUCUACUUCACUAUUAUUCUCUGAGACCUAUGCAAGAAGGUUUACAGAACACAAACAAAUAAACUCUGGUUGAAAUUCUGCUUUAUUCAUCUAACCAUCAAAAGUGGGAGAAUUGAUAUUAGCCCUGUUGAUAAAUGCUCCACAACCAAUAUUCUCUGUAAGAGGUAACAAGUCAGCUGAUUGAUUAUACUUAUCACUGAAGACUACCUCAAUGUGGUUUGCAUGUGUGAAAAAUGUAUGAAAAUAUUCAGAGAGAAGAGUUGUUUGCUAUUUGUUCAAUUUUUCCAGAUUUGAUAACUUCGGUCAAUGGAAUCAAGAAAUUGCAUAUACCUGUUGAUUCUGUUCGUGAUCUCGAUAAAGCGAAUUUCCCUGUACAAGUCAGUUUAAAGAUCAGUUCGAUCAUACGUCCAAGCGGAUUAAAGAAAGUGGUGAUCAUCCAUUUGUCUUGUAGUCCUACAUAUCCUGAAACACUUCUCAACUUCCGUAUCAAAGGAGACAAACGAGUCACUAAAGCACAAAUAAGUGUCCUUCAUGAUGUUCUUAAGCAGUUGACUGAAACAAUGAGAGGUCAGAUAUGCAUGAAAGAGCUAAUCGAAGCUAGUCACGAUUUCUUAAAGUCAUUGUCCACACCCAUCGUUGAUUGUCAAACACAACAAGAUCUCAAUUUAAGAAAUGAUGAUAAUCUAGUAUCUAAGUUAAAAAUGGUGAAAAGAGAAAUUGAACACAUUGAUGAGGCUAUUCAGUGGCGUUUGUCAUUAAAUGACUCAGAAAUCGAAAGAAAAAAAGAAGAAUAUCAACUUUCUGAAAUUUUUUGUCAAUCUGAAGUUCAUAGAUUGGAUACUCAAUCAUUAUCAGUGCAUUUAAAUUCUCAUCGUUACCAACCCUCCUAUCCAGAUGUUAUCGAAAGGUGUCCACUAACCAGACAUAUGUCAGUUUGCUCUCUAAAAAUGUUGUAUUUAGAAGACUAUAAAAAACUGAAGAAAUACAUAAACUUCGAACAGUAUGAAGCAGCGCAUAAAUCACAUGAAUCAACGUUCAUUGACAUUCAGAGAGGAUGUUGUGCUGAUGGACCUCAUGAUCGAUUCAAUGUUCGCAGUACAGAUAUUUUUCCGUGUGUUUGCUAUUUCGAUGGAUUGGAAGUAAAAACCGGUGCUUCAAUUCAAUUGCAUGAAUGGGUUUUUCACACCAAUAAUGCUUACUUAACUAGCAAUAACUUUCUGGAUAAUUUCCUUACUCAACUAGCCUACUUUGCCCGACAAGAUAAACAUCCAAAUCUGUGUAGAAUUUUAGGUGUUGAAUGUACCAGAAACUUACCUGCUUGUGGUAUUGAUAUUGAUGCCUAUCAUCAGAACAUGGAGAAAUCAUGGGAGAAUUGGGAUGUUGUUCGUCUAAUCACGGAACGUCCAAAAGGCACAAGUUUAGAGUCUGUUGGAUCUGGAGUACUUUCUCCAGUUGCUAAUGAGCAACUUGGUCCUAACUUAUUCUCCGUUUCAAAACCUCUUGAAAUCGGUGAUAAAAAAUUGAUGUGGUUACGUUAUGUAAUACACCAGAUCGUUAGUGCAGUUUCUUGGCUUCAUACCUAUUCUUUCGUGCAUAGGAAUUUACAUCCCUCAAAUAUAUUUGUGGACAAUUCAGGUCAUGUCACAUUAUGCAAAUAUGAAUUCUUUGCGAGACUUGACCAAAUCGUUUCCGAAAAUCUAAAACAACUAGGUGUUCAGUUACCCCAAAAAGCGUAUCAAAGUGCUGUUCACUACUUUGGGCGUUCCGUACAACAAAGAGAUCUACAUCAACUUGGUCUUGUUAUACUUCAUAUUCUUAUUGGACCAUUACCUCAUGCCAAUUCAACCGAAGUAGUAUCAUUAAUAUCUGAAGUGUUGGACGGUCUGAAAAUAACUCAACCGGUUUUUAGAGACUUUCUGCAAACAUGUUUAUACGCUAAUCAUAAUGAUCAUACUACAUCCGUUGUUGAUUAUAUAAUGUCACAUCAAUUCUUGCAUGACUCUAUUCCUUGUAAUUUUUUGUCAACAAAAUCAAAUAAAAUAGAAUUGAAUUUAAGUGCAAUGACUAGAACAUCAAAUCAGAUCAAUGCUCUUAACAAUCCAGAUUUGCAAACUGUUGAAGGGAAUGCAACUUCUAAAUGCCCUCGAUUAUUUGAGGAUUUCACCGAUUUUGUUCUAAUUGGAAAAGGUGGUUUUGGUUGUGUACUAAAGGCGCGGAAUAUUAUCGAAGACCGUGAUUAUGCUAUCAAAUGUGUGAGAGCAUCUAAAAGUCAAACAAAUACAUUAUUUCGUGAAAUUCGUACUCUUUCAGGGUUACAACAUGAAAAUAUAGUCAGAUAUUUCACAUCAUGGCAAGAUACGUUCACUGAACCACUACCUCAUAAAAAUAUGCCGUGUUCUGAUUGGAAUAAAAAGUGGGAUGAUUCAAAAUAUCGUAACUGCAAAAGUACUUCUUUUUGUUCCGAAGAUAAUGAUGAAGAAGAAGAAGAAAAAGAAGGUAGAACUAGUCAUCAUCUGUACAGAAACCCAAUUACGCUGAAAUCUCAAAAACCCUGUCCAACUCCCACACAUAUAAACACUACACUUGAUGAGCUAACUGAACUUGUUACAAAUGGUAAUGACUUCGAUAAACGUAUACUUAACAAUUCUUCUAGUCACAUUAAUGAUGAAUCUUGGUAUAUAGGAACAAAAAAGCCAACAAACGUAGUUCGUAAUCAUUUUUUUCGAAUUCCUGGAGAAAGUAGCGAUGAAACUGAACAUACAAAUGAUUAUUCAUCUUCACCUACUUCACUAUCAUGUUCAUAUCUAUCUUCUGACGUUUCUGAUUCAUCUACUCAAUUUGAAGAUAAUUUUCUUAAUAAUCAAAAAACAAGUGAUACAUUCGUGAAUAAAGAUGUUUGUGAUGUUAAUAAUUCACAGAACAAUGAGAUUGAAAAGUCUGUACGAGAAUAUCGAUAUAUUAUCAUUCAAAUGGAAUUAUGUCCAUCCAAGUCAUUGAGAUAUGUUAUUGACUCCGAAAAUUUAUCAUGUAGUCCGGAUAGAGCUUGGAGUUUAUUCCGUGAAUUAACAGAUGGUUUGGCAUAUAUUCAUUCCAAAGGUGUUAUUCAUAGAGAUUUGAAACCAGCCAAUAUAAUGUUAGAUUCUAAUGAUCAUGUGAAAAUUGUAGAUUUCGGCUUGGCUACACGGACUGUACAAGAGAAACUAAUGAAUGCACGCCAAGCCGUUGCAGCUGAAUUCCAUAAAUGUAGUAAACAAACAGAAUGCUCAGAUUCUACACAACAGAUUCCACCUGUUGGACAUAAAGAGGUACCGAAUUCUACAGGUCAACAUGAAAAUACCAUGAAGUUCGACGACCAUUCCAUGACCCAUAACGUUGGCACCUUCUUGUAUAUAAGUCCUGAAGUUCUACUUUUGGAUUCUCAAAAAAAUCGCAUUUAUGAUGAGCGGGUUGACAUCUACAGUUUGGGUAUUAUUCUCUUCGAAAUGUUUUAUCGUGCUAUGCCAACUGCAAUGGAACGCGUUUUGAUUCUUACUGAAUUAAGAAAAGAAAAGAUUAUCUUUCCAAAAGAUUGGUCUCAAGAUGAACUUGUCAAUCAGACUUGGUUAAUUCGUACUAUGCUACAACAUGAUCCUUCUAAGAGACCAAGUGCUUCGGACCUACUAACUUCUUCACGUGUCCCACCAUUUAAGUCUACUGAAGCAGCAUUUAAAAAGCAACUUAUGGAAAUUUGUAAAACUCCUGAUAGCAAUUUGUAUCGUUUUGUUACGCAUACUCUUUUUUCUCAAGCUUGUUCAAACGCAUCAGAUUUACUAUAUGAUUGUAACACAUGGAUAACUUCCGUUCAACAUGAUAUCAGUCAAAUUGAUGGGAGUUUUUUAUCACAAUUACUAACUAAAGAUUGUUUUAUGCAAGACGAUCCAAAUCGUGUAUUAUUUAAUUUUCUUAAAACACGUAGAUUUAUUACACAUAUUGUGGAGACUUCAUUCAUUGCACACAGUGGUGUACUGUUGGAAUCCCCUACACUUGUUCCAGUUAUUCAUAGACCUUAUCAAACAUCAUGGUUUAGCCAAUCAAAACAGGAUAACAAUGAUUUGUGUGAUGUGAAUGACAAUCAAAAUGCUGAGUUUUGGGAUCGUUUAUCAGCUGCUCCAGUCUUACUAGAUGAAAAUGGUUUACCUGUUCGUUUGCCUGAUUCAUUACAUAUACCAUUUGCACGUUAUCUGGCUCGAUCGGGAUCAGUUUUACUUGAAAACAGAAAUGAAUCAGAUCCACUGAAGCGAUAUGAAUUCGCGCGAACUUACCACAGUUCUUCAGUUUCAAAUACAAGUGGACCGCAUAUGUUAUUUGGUUGUCCAGUAGAAGUUAAUCGAGCAACGUUUGAUAUUGUUUCUCUAGAAAACAGCACUUACUGGGCCACGGAAUUGUUUGUCAUUUUACGUGAAGUAACAAAUAAACUGUUUCAGUCCAAGGAAAUAUCAUUUUUCUUGUACGUGAAUCAUACCAGCCUGAUCAAAGCACUAUUUAAACUAUCUGGAAUUCAAUCUGGAUCACGUGCAACUGUUUGGCGUCAUUUGUCUGAAGCAAAUGCUGAUCCAAAACCUGUUAACCCAUCUACAUAUUCAUCCUUCUUUUCAUCAGUGAAUUGUUCUACCGCAUAUUGUACAACAACAUCUUACUCUUCAUCUUCUAAUUCUUCACUCUCAGGAUCAUCACGGUUGAAUGAACCAACACGUUCUCUUAUUUUACCUGACUAUUUAACAAGCAAACCUCGUGGACAUGCACAAAAACGUUUUAUGAAAAUAAUUCGUCUAGAAUCUUCACAUAUUCACUAUAUACGUGAAGUAUUUAUUCAACAUUCAGGUCAACAAUGUCAUACAAUUAGUAAAUUAGUAGAUGGUGCUGUGAAAUUAUUGGAAGAGUUGACAGAUAUUUACGCUAAAUUUGAUUGGUCAGAAAGGUUUCAUCUUCGAUUCACCCCUGGAUUAGUUCUGCCACACCAUAUGUACAAUGGUUUAAUUUUUCAGUUAGUUGCAUUGGGUGAUUUGUCCCCUAAAUCAACCGUGCCCAGUUCCUCUACUUCCAUCUGUUAUCCACGACAUCUUGAAGAUUCGUCAAUAAAAGUGAAUCCCAAAAUCAAUAUCAAUAUAGCCUCAUCACGAAUAAAUGACACAUCUCCGAUAUUGUAUGUUUUAGGUCAAGGAGGCGAAUAUAACCAUUUAAUUGCUAAACACUGUGUGCCGAAGGAAUUCGGUACUAUUCGACUACCAAGAAAAAUAUCCCGAUGUAAUUCUGCGUCUAAUAAUCCGGGUAUGACUGCAUUGACCAUAGAUAAAUGCCCUUAUGCAAUUGGUUUAAGUUUUGAUAUGGAUAAAUUAGUACAUUGUUACAUGACUUCCUUCUGCAAAAACACUAUGCAGGUUUCGUAUAAUUUACAUGACUGUAUUAUAUUCAAUCCUAAAUGGCGCAUAUUACUUGGAUGGGAAUCACGUACUGUUGAAACUCUUCAUGAUUUAUAUACUUGCCCAUUUCGUAACCCUACGACUCAAUAUACCCGUCGGUCCGGUCUAGGAUCUAGUCAACGUUCAUCGAGUGAAUGUGGUAUCAACACCUCGACCAAUGCUACGAAUACGAUGUCACCUACAAAUAAUUGUUCAUCUGAUUUUUCAAACUCUGUUAACAAUAUAACAGUGCCUUACACUAGUACCUCGGGUACUCCGAACCCAACUUCAUCAUCUGAAUCAUUCGUAUUGACUCAGAAUGUAUUAAAAUUAGCAUUUCAUUUAGCUCAAAUAUUUUGGAAUUUAAGUUGGACAUGUGAUUUGUUAACAAAAUCAGAUUCGGACCUGGUACGUGAAGCUGAAGAUCGAGAAGUAGAAUUCGCUGUUCGGGUUAUUUUAGUCAAAUUAUCCACAUCUGCUGCAACUAAUUUACCACUUGGAUCAAAGCAUUUAUCCCUUGUAACUUAUCAAAUAUGGGCUAGACAUAAUGCCACUCCAUUGAGUGGACAACAUGUAAUGGUUUUUGAAUUACGAAGAUCCGACCCAGACUCUGUAUUGAAUUAUUUCUAUUCACGCUUCCCAACAAAUGUACGUCGACCUUCAGUUGAUCCUGAUAAAAGCUUUUUGUACAUAUCUUCCAAGAAUUCAACUGAAUUAAUUCAUUAUUCAAAGGAUUUUUUGUCACAUCCUAAUCCCGAAAAGACUAUCAUCUAUUGUCCUAGAUUAACAGAAUCCCAUAUACGAAUACCUGACCUGACAGAUACAAAAGAAAUAUCUGCAAAUAUGGUAAAUAAUUUACGCCGUAGUUCUAACAGAUAUAAACAACAUUCAAAGCAUUCUAAACGUACAUGAAAGUGGAAGAGUUGAGAAAUCUCCAUUACUAAACUGUUCUUAAAACAUUGUUUUAAAAACAUAUUCAACAAUUCUACUUAUCACCUUAGUUUACAUUGUCUUUCUAUUCAUAAUUUCAUGCAUUUUAGAACGGAUGAUGUAAAAUCUAGAGUUUUUUUACACAACAUUUAUCUUUGCUAGGAAACUCACAUUUACUUUUUUCUAAUUUUAAUAAUAAAGAGUCUUUUUUACAUUCAUUUUGUCAGUUGUACAUUGAUAUUUAACAGAUUGUUGCUAUGCUAUUUUUUUGUUAUCUUCCGAUAUUUUAACGGUUAAUCAUCGAAUUAACUAUAACUAGUCUAGGAUAAAGGAUAACGAGUGAGGGUAUAGUAUAUUCUUCAACUUCAUUUCUUAUGAAAUAGGUAUAUUUGUACUUUUUUUAAGGAAUGUUACAAAACGUUAUGAAUUUAUUUGCAAAGGUUUGUAUUUGUCCAUUGUUAGUACUUACAACAGAAAGUGAUCACUCUCUGUAUAGGAAUAUGUACAUCCUGAUUGGAUAUUUUGAAGGUGCUAUUUGAGCACAUUUGAAGUGUGUCUAGCAAUGGAAUCCAGGACACGCGUGUCGUUCUA